UCCACACUGCCCGCCGCUCAUUGGCCCGUGGCAGAACGGAAGUGCCGUGACGUCGACCAAUGGGAUCGCCGCUUCAUUCAGAGUGCCUGUGUUCCACAGUGGCCUGUUAUUGUCGCGAGUAGCGGGUUGAAAUCGUCCGAUCUCCUACCAGGCUGACCAGAGCAACAUGAACAUGUACGCUGUGCCCAACCCCGAACUACCGGCCUGCCCCCCAGGACUGGAAUACCUGACUCAGGUGGAUCAGCUGCUCAUUAAACAGAAAGUGGAGCUCGUCGAAGCCCUCGUCGGCUUCGAGAGCAACAACAAGUACGAGGUGCGCAACACCGUGGGCCAGAACGUCUUCUACGCCGUGGAGGAGAACGACUGCCUGAGCCGACAGUGCUGCGGCCCCAUGCGCUCCUUCAACAUCCACGUCCUGGACAACUACGGCCAGGAGGUCAUCACCGUCACCCGCCCGCUGAAGUGCAUGUCGUGCUGCUUCCCCUGCUGCCUCCAGGAGCUGGAGGUGCAGUCGCCGCCCGGUAACACGGUGGGGUACGUCACGCAACAGUGGCACCCGUUCUCGCCCAAGUUCGUCGUGGCCAACGAGCACCUGGAGCCCGUGCUGAAGAUCCACGGGCCCUUCUGCGGGUGGAGCUGCCUGCCGGACGUUGACUUCGAGAUCCUGACGUUGGAUGAAGAGAGUAAGAUCGGCAAGAUCAGCAAGCAGUGGACCGGGCUUCUCCGGGAGGCGUUCACAGACGCAGACAACUUCGGCAUCCAGUUCCCCAUGGACCUGGAUGUGAAGAUGAAGGCCGUCAUGAUCGGUGCAUGCUUCCUCAUCGAUUUCAUGUUCUUUGAGACCAACAACUAGGAGCCACACGGGGGGGGAAAUCGAUGUGAGCGCACAAACGUUCCCGGAAGAACAAAGGCCACGAAGCCAUGAUGAUCAGUCCCAAGAGCCCGCCCCCCCCCCCC